AUGCCAGAUGGCAAUAAAACCACUGUGACUCACUUUGUUCUUUUGGGGUUUGUCACCAGCCCAGCACUUCAGAUCGUCUUAUUUAUGGUAUUCUUGUUACUCUACAGCAUGGUUCUGCUGGGUAAUAUUGGGCUGAUGGUUCUAAUCAGAACCAGCCCCCAGCUCCACACCCCUAUGUAUUUCUUCCUUAGCAAUCUGUCAUUAGUUGAUCUCUGCUAUUGCACUGUGAUUGUCCCAAAGAUGCUUGUCAAUUUCUUGGCAAUGAAAAAGGGCAUCUCCUACGCUGGGUGUGGGCUGCAGUUUUAUUUCUUCUGUACUUUUGCUGACACAGAGUCUUUCAUCCUUGCUACUAUGGCAUAUGAUCGGUAUGUAGCCAUCUGUAACCCACUACUUUAUACCUCUGUUAUGUCUCAAAGGGUCCGUCUCACACUGGUUAUGUUCUCUUACCUUGGUGGUACACUGAGUGCCCUGGUCCACACUUGCUUUGCCUUCAGGCUAUCUUUCUGUGGGCCAAAUGUCAUCAACCACUUCUUCUGUGAUCUUCCAUUGCUCCUGAAGCUCUCCUGUUCAGACACAUCCCUUAAUGAGCUCUUGCUCUAUACUUAUGGGAGCUCAGUAGAAAUCAUGUCCUCCAUCAUCAUUGUCAUCUCCUAUAUUCUCAUUGUCGCUUCUGUCCUGAAGAUGCACUCUGCAGCAGCAAGAAGGAAGACAUUUUCCACCUGUGCCUCCCACUUGACCUCUGUCAUCAUCUAUGAGGGCACUCUCCUCUUCAUCUAUUCCCGCCCCAGCUCCUGGUAUUCCCCCACAUCAGACAAAUACAUCUCUGUCUUUUAUACUAUCAUUGUCCCUGUGCUAAAUCCCCUCAUCUACAGCCUGAGGAACAAAGAUGUGAAAGAUGCAUUAUGGAGAUCAAUAGACACUAAAGUCUUUGCUCAUUAA